AACUUCGCCAAGUCCAAGUAGCUGAGCAUGAUGCUUCAAAUGAAAAGGAAAAAUGCACCGGAAAUGACGCUGGUGUUUGCUUUGACUUCUGCCUCUAUCCCACCUAACCAACCCUCUGUGCUGAAAUAUCUUGGUAAGUUGCUAUGCACUACACGGAAGCGGAUGUGGAUGUGACCUCCUUUGACUUGUUCGGUGUAUGGUUUUCUAAGUCAUCCAAGCAAAACUAGUCUUACAGCUGAGCAAAAAAAACUAGUUACAAUGAGACUUUUCUAAAGUUGAGAGAGUUUUGAUUCCAAGCUGAUAUUUGCUUCCAAUGCCUUUUGUUUCAUAUACGCACGCCUUGUUACUUGGUAGCAUUAUUUUGUUUCAAGCUUUUAUUUCAAGUAUAUCUAGAACAUCUAGUAGCAAGGAUCAACCAGGUCAUCGCCAUGGUUUACAAAAUUAUAAUUGUUCUUUUAUACAUUUUUCUCUGUCUAGUGUUGCAUCCUACGAAAGCACAGACCUGGAUCAAAGCUGGUUACUUGCUUGGCGGUGAAUUCCCCCUUGCUGACAUAAACACAGAUCUCUAUACUCACCUUAUUUGUGCCUUUGCUGAUCUAAACUCCUCCUCUUACCAGCUUUCCAUUUCCUCGGCUAAUGAACAAUACUUUUCUGAUUUCACAAACACUGUCAAGCAGAAAAACCCAUCAAUCACCACGCUUCUAUCCGUCGGCGGUGGAAAUGCAGACUUUUCUUCAAUGGUAAGCAAUUCUUCCCACAGGAAAUCUUUCAUUGAUUCCUCAAUAAAAGUAGCUAGGCUUUUUGACUUCCAGGGCCUAGACUUUAGCUGGGUUUCAGUUGAGACAAGCUCUGAUAUUAGCAAUAUGGCUACUCUCUAUGAAGAAUGGAGAGCUGCAAUAGAUUCAGAGACAAGAAACCUUAGCCAGUCUCAGUUGAUCUUGACUGCGUCAGUUCCAUACUCACCAAAUAUAUCAGAGUCGCUUAGUUUUCCAGUAGACUCAAUGAAGGAAAACUUGAAUUGGGUACAUGUUAUGGCUUAUGACUACCAUACUCCUUUUCGGGAUAGGCUCACCGGAGCUCAUGCAGCUUUAUAUGAUCCUGAUAGUAAUGCAGACACAGAUUAUGGUAUUGGGGAGUGGAUUAAUAGUGGACUUCCAGCCACCAAAAUGGUGCUGAGUUUGCCUUUCUAUGGCUACGCGUGGACGCUGGCAAAUCCUGUAAAUAAUGCUAUUGGUGCUAGAGCAAAUGGGCCAGCUAAUAGGACCGCUAAUGGGCCAUCUGAGACAAAGGAUGGAGACGUGAGCUAUAAAGACAUUAGGAAAUACAUUCAGGAACAUGGUGCAAACACAGAAUACAAUGCGACUUACGUGGUGAAUUACUGCACGGUCGGGGCAACCUGGAUCUGUUUUGAUGAUGUUCAGGCUGUGAAGACCAAGGUUAAAUAUGCCAAGGAGAAGAAGCUUCUGGGUUAUGUUGUCUGGAGAGUUCCCAAUGAUGACAAUUGGGUGCUUUCCCAAGCUGCAAAUUCCAUUGGAAACCGAAGAAAGAACAGACUGCUGUUGAUUCUAGUUAUUUUGAUUCCAAUUGUUGCGGUCGUAGUUCUGCUUGGCGCUGUGAGUUAUUACUUUCGAACAACAAAGAGCAAGUCAAAAGGUAUGGUGCAAAAGCAAACAGCUAAAGAAUCAAAGUCCAAACCAAAAGAUACAGCAGCAAAUGGCGAUUUUAAUAGCGGUGUUCCUAAUCUGACAGUAUAUGCUUUCUCUGCUAUUGAGGUGGCUACGGAUGGAUUUUUAAAUGAAAACAAGCUUGGGGAGGGUGGAUAUGGUCCAGUGUACAAGGGCGUGCUGCCAGAUGGUCAAGAAAUAGCAGUGAAGAAACUUUCAAAAACGUCUAAUCAAGGGUUUGAAGAGUUCAAGAAUGAGGUUAUGCUUACAGCUAAGUUACAGCAUGUAAAUCUUGUUAGACUUUUGGGAUUCUGCAUGGAUAGAGAAGAACAUAUGUUGAUCUAUGAGUACUUGCCAAAUAAGAGCCUGGACUACUACCUUUAUGACCCGCUCAGAAAGUUUUUAUUGGACUGGAGAAAACGUGUUGAGAUCAUUGAAGGGGUUACUCAAGGGCUUUUGUAUCUUCAAGAAUACUCUAGAUUUACGAUUAUUCACAGAGACUUGAAAGCUAGCAACAUCUUGCUGGACGCUGGCAUGAAGCCUAAGAUAUCAGAUUUUGGCAUGGCAAGAAUCUUCGCAAAAGAUGGACUUGAAGCAAACACAAGUCGUAUUGUUGGGACUUAUGGUUAUGUUCCUCCCGAAUAUGUGAGAGAAGGUUUAUACUCCCUCAAAUCUGAUGUGUAUGCUUUUGGGGUUUUACUUUUGCAAAUUAUAGGUGGAAAGAGAAAUGCCUGUGAAUAUGGGGUGGAUAAAAGCUUAAGUCUGCUAGAUUUUGCAUACUUCCUAUGGAUGGAAGGCAAAGGCUUGGAAUUCAUGGAUCCCUCGUUGGAUGACAGAACCUCAGCCUGCAAACUCGUGAGAUGCAUGCAAAUAGCUCUGUUGUGUGUCCAGGAAAAUGCAAAUGACAGACCUACCAUGUUGGAUGUCUCUUCAAUGCUGAGAAAUGAAACCGCUCAAAUGGCGGCCCCAAAGAGGCCUGCUUUCUCUACGAAAAGCAAUGAAGAUGAGGAAAAGAGACCUGAAUUGCAGGUAGCAAUAUGUUCAGUUGAUGAUUCUACAAUUUCAGAAGUGGUUGCUCGGUGAGAGUUUAGGCUUGCAAGACAAAAUUCUUUAAUAGCAUUUGUUCCAGUCACUAGUUUUCUCCUUAGAGGACCACGGUUUACACACUGCAGAAUAUAGAUGCCUUGUUCUCUAAGCUUUGCCUAGAAAUCUGUUAGGCUCUAGGUGGUUGAAUAACACCAUUAGAAUUUUAAAGCAAAGAAUUUGGGUUCAAAUUAAUAAUGAAAUUGUAUUGGUCAAAGUUUUUUCGCUAGUAAAUUAAAAGAAUGUUUAAUUUUCUUGUACUGAUACAAGAAGAAUAUUGUUGAAUUUUAAAACGAAUAUUUAAGUUAA